AUGGCGUUCAACAGAGAUGUGACCAGCAUCGUUGCUGCAUCGCUUUCAGUGCUCGUUGUAGUCUUAGUCGUCUACAGGGCUUCCUCCCCAACCUAUCUUGUCGAUCGUAUGGCUCCUCAGUCUCUGUCCUCGUUUCUUGUCAGGGAAGACCCGGAAUGGACCGCAACUCCCUACCACCCGUUGGCUUACUUCGCUCAUCAGAGCCCUUUCUAUGACCAACGGGAAUCGACCUACUGGCCCGGCAUGUCGCGGAAAGAAGUGUUGCAGUAUCCUCCUCCUGAGAGGGAGGAGGCUCAGGGUCCGUCGUGGGUUGGCAGUGGGUAUGGCGUCUACCUAGACGGAAAGGAUCCUUUCAGCGGCAAACCGAUCAUCAAGCAUGGAUUUAUGGGUCAGUCAUGUGUAGAGAACAAGGAUUGCCAGAACACGGACGUUUGCUGCAAUCAUGAUUCGGAGUCAUGCGGACGACAUUGGUUGAAGUGCACCCCUGCCAUCUACUUCGGUGCCAAAGUAGCGCAAGAGGCUGCGGAGAAUCAAACUCAAGCAAGAUAUGGAGAUGGAGCUGAAACCAAGCAGAUUCACAACUUUGACGAGAUUGAGCUUCGUGCGCAGCAAACGAUUCUUCGACAGCUCAGAGUGCAAUCGCAGAGGCAGCUUGCCAGGAGAGGGACGAGCAAGGGGAAACUCGGCGCACGUACGUCAGCCAAGACCCAGGCCCUUGCCAUGGGAGGAGGAACUCCCGUCGACUUGACCUUCGGGGUUGGAAGAGACGGAGAGCCCCCCUACCAGUUGAAGACGCAAGCAGAGUCAGUCUACAACGGGCUGCUCAACCCUAAUGCCCCGGGGACCCUGCCAUAUGCUCAGUUCGGAGGGAGCGGCACAUCCGGUCAGAUUGCUGCCAUCGGAUACACGAGCCCUCUUCAGUUAUUUACCUUCGUCACCGGGGGGCUGUAUGAGGCCUCGGAAGGAGCCAUGGCGAGGGCACCAGAUGGCGAGCGGAGGAAUUUCAGCGGGGAAUGGGAAGGCGACGUCCCUAUAGAGAGAUCCUCCCUCCUCCCUGCUGAAGAGCUUCUGCGUCUGCGGUGCAAUGACCCGCUGCCUGAAAAAGGCGACCCAGAGGAUCCUUGUCCCCAACCUCCAAGCUACUGCACGGGAUGCAGCGUGUACAGAUUGUCCAUGUCUCCGAUGAUCGGCGUCGUCGUGGGUCUGACGGGUCUCACCUACUAUGCUUACGUCUUCGAGACUCCCGACGCCUCUGUUGUCGAGCUCGCCCUCUUCCACUUGCUCAUACUCCUCAUGCUUGUCUCCUACUUCCAAUGUGUCGCCAUCGAUCCAGGAACUGUCCCGAAGCGAUGGCAUGACGCUGUCAUCCGAUCGCCCUUGAGGUCAAGAUAUCGCAUCUGUCGCAAGUGUCACAUGUACAAACCUCCUCGAUCGCACUUCGACUCCAUCACAAGGCGCCUCGUCCUCAACAUGGAUCACUUUUGCCCUUGGGUUGUCAACUGCGUCGGAUUUUACAACCGCAAAUUUUUCAUUCUCUUCCUCUUCUAUGUGGUCUUGAGCUGCUUGGACUUCGUUCUAGCCAUGCUCAUUCACGGGCCUCUUUCGGUCCAGGGCCUCCUCAUCAACUCCAAUGGAUUUCCCUCUCCCCUCAAAUUCAUGGCCUUUAUAUUCGAUUGCUCCCUCGCGUUCGCCGUUACUCUCUUCUUCCUCUUCCAUCUUCGCUUUGUCUACUACAACCAGACGACUAUCGAAGCCGACGACAGACGAUAUGAUGUCGGAUGGAGGAAGAACUUUGAGUCCGUCUUUGGUCGCAACCCCUGGUGA